CUAAAUCCCAGGAUUUUCACCCUCAAAUCCCAGAAAUUUCAUCCCUAAAAUCCCAGAAAUUUCAUCCUCAAAUCCCAGGAAUUUCAUCCCUAAAUCCCAGGAAUUUCAUCCCUAAAUCCCAGGAAUUUCAUCUUCAAAUCCCAGAAUUUUCAUCCCUAAAUCCCAGAAUUUCACCCUCAAAUCCCAGGAAUUUCAUCCCUAAAAUCCCAGAAAUUUCACCCUCAAAUCCCAGGAAUUUCAUCCCAAAAUCCCAGGAUUUUCAUCCCUAAAUCCCAGGAAUUUCAUCCCUAAAUCCUUGGAAUUUCAUCCCUAAAUCCCAGAAAUUUCAUCCCUAAAUCACAGGAAUUUCAUCCUCAAAUCCCAGAAAUUUCAUCCCUAAAUCCCAGGAAUUUCAUCCCUAAAUCCCAGGAAUUUCAUCCCUAAAUCCCAGGAAUUCCAUCCUUAAAUCCCAGGAUUUUAAUCCCUAAAAUCCCAGAAAUUUUAUCCCAAAAUCCCAGGAAUUUCAUCCCAAAUCCCAGGAAUUUCAUCCUUAAAUCCCAGGAAAAGAAUCCUUGGAAUUAUGGAUUAUUGGAUUUGGAUUCCCAAACUCUUCCCAUUCCUCUUGGGCUUCUCCUUGGCCUCCAUUCCAGCCUCCCCCCUCUUCUCCUCCCUGCGCUUCCACCUGGAGCCCUCUGACGUCACCGCCCCCCGGGGCUCCUCCGUCUCCUUCCACUGCUCCGCCCGCUCCCGGCUCGGCGUCCCCGCCAUCAGCUGGCUCAAAGAUUCCAUCAGCAUCCAUUUACAGCCCCACGAGCGGCGGGAGCUGCUCCCCAACGGCUCCCUGCUCAUCCAUCAGCUCCUCCACUCGCGCCAUCAGCAGCCUGAUGAGGGGUUUUAUCAGUGUGAGGUCACCCUGGGGGCGUCGGCGUCAUCGUCAGCCGGCGGGCCAGGCUGGUGGUGGCGGGUGAGGAGUGGAAAAUUCUGGGAAUUCUGGGAAUUUCUGGGUGGGAAUGACGUCAUUUUAGUCUCUCAGGGGGAUGAUUGUCAAUGGAAAUGGAAUUGCUGAUGGGAAUGAUGUCAU